AAAAAAUGGCACGUGAUGUAAAGAAGAGAGGAAAGCCAGCGUAUACAAACCGCAGAAACCGACAAAAAUAUCUCAAGAAGAAGGAUAACAAGAAAAAAUUAUCGAAAAGUGCAGUGCCAAUUAUCAAAUACACAUGGGAUGAAACUAAGACUCCUCGAGAAAACGUCCGCGACAUGGGUAUCGCAUUUAAUCCAAAUGACGCGGUUCCAAUCGCUGAACACAGAAAAGAGAUCAUCGACGCGGAGCCAAUUGACGGUGUCAGUAUUGUUGUUCCCAAACCGGAAAAGAAAGUUACUGGAAGAAAAAAGAAUGAGAAACAGGCAGCACACAUUAUCUCAAAUCUGGAACAGCAAGUGAAAGAAGAAGAGGAAGCUCGAGCUGGACAAGACCGGAAAUUCCGACUUUUCCAUAGAGAAACCGAGCUUUGUGUCUACAUGCUGGCUCGUCACGGCGAAGAUUUUCAAGCAAUGACUCGUGAUCCGAAGAAUUUAUGGCAAUACACACCGAAGCAGUGGGCGAAGAAGAUCCGUACACACAAAGAGUCCGAGAUGUGUAAAUUCCUCGAAACUGCAUAAGACUGUUUUUCAAAAUUUUUUGAUACUUUUGUUUGAGCUUUUAUUGUUAUUGUUGAUACUGUUAUGGGGGACUUUUGUUCCUUUACAAAUAAAAUCAAAAAUUAUU